GUAACAAAAAAAAAAAGAAUGUACAUGCAUUUAUGCAAAAAGUAUCAAAAACCAGAAGAAUAAAGUCAAAAAUACAAAUAAAAUUGAAAAAAAAAAAACAAAAUUAUUUGCCAAAAACUCUCACUUUUUCUUUCAAUUUUAGAAACACAAACCAUUAGCAUCAUCCAUGGCACCAUUACGUUGGGGUAUUGUCUCAGCCGGCAAAAUAAGUCAUGACUUUGUCACCGGUCUUAGCACAUUGCCCAGCGAUGAACAUAGUGUCGUUGCAAUUGCAGCUCGUGACAAGAAACGUGCUGAACAAUUUGCCAAUUUGCAUGAAAUACCAAAUGCAUUGGGAAAUUAUGAAGACUUGGCUGAAUCAAAAGAAAUUGAUGUUGUCUACAUUGGAGCCUUGAAUCCACAACAUUUUGAAAUUGGUAUGAUGAUGUUGGAACAUGGUAAACAUAUUUUAGUUGAAAAGCCUCUGUGCAUGAAUGAGAAACAAGCUAAAAAACUUAUAACUUAUGCCGAACGAAAGAAGUUAUUCCUCAUGGAAGCUGUUUGGUCACGUUUCUUCCCAGCUUAUCAAUAUGUCCGGAAACAGAUUGCAAGUGGAGUCUUGGGAGAUAUUGAAGAAGUAAACGUCUCAUUUGGAUUUGAUUUAAUGGAUGUGGAUAGAAUGCAAAAAAAAGAACUUGGAGGUGGAACAGUUCUAGAUUUAGGUAUUUAUGUGAUACAGCUUUCCCAAUGGGCCUUCCAAGAACCACCGAAGGUUAUUAAGGCAACCGGUGAACUAAAUGCCGACGGAGUUGAUCUCUCAAUCGAUGGUGAGUUGCAGUAUUCUGGAGGAAGAGUCGCUAAAAUUCAAACAAGCGCUCGCAAAGAACUCGACAACAAAGCCAUCAUUAAAGGGUCCAAGGGACAAAUAACUCUUCCUAAUUUCUGGUGUCCAACGAGUAUUAUUGAUAUUGAUGGCAAACAAAAGGAAUGGGUUUUACCCAAAGGAAAGCACAAGACAAAUUUUCCCAAUUCUGAAGGUUUGCGCUAUGAGGCUGAAGAAGUACGAAAAUGUAUUCUCGAAGGCAAAUUACAAAGCGAACACAUGAGUCAUAAUGAAAGUUUGCUUGUAGCACACAUUGAGGAUUCCAUAAGGAAACAAGUUGGUGUUAUUUAUCCUGAAGAUUACUAACUUAGCUUAAAUUUUUUCUACUGCUCCUGUAAAUUUAAUAAAAGUAUGUGUUUUUUUUUAAUAAAUAAAAUUGAAUGAAUAAA